AUGCCACUUACCUCUGAGCUAACAAAACAUGUCUGCAACCAUCUUGGACUUUAUGACCCCCCUCCUGCUGAAAAAGUCUUGGAGAACCUCUCAGCACUGAGAUCAAUGGCCAACCCAAAUUCAGAUUUUCAGUUUAAAACCAAGCUGCACAGUAUCUAUAAAUUCAUGCAGGACAACAAGACAAACUUCAGAGAUUUAUUGGGCACAAAUGGCAUUCCCUGGAUCUGGAAUAAAAGUGAGUUUGUCUGUCCAGAAGAUAUAGUUUUAACCUAUCCACCUGAACUGGAUCUAAGCCCUUACGUAAAGAAAGUGCCUGAAGAGUUUUUGCAGUAUGAAAGCCUGCUAACACAAUUUGGUGUAAGGAAAACAAUGUCUGAUGAGGAAAUUGAAGAUAUACUUCAUGACAUAAAACAUAGAAUUGACUACAGGCGUCCUCCUCAUGGAGACUCAACAGAACUUAAAGUGUCCAUUGCCAUUCUUGAUUGGAUGCGAAGGAAUGAGAAACAUUUAAAAGACAGCACACCUGUGCCUGUCAUGGCAGAAAACCAAAACUUUAAUCUGCAUUCCUUAUCUAAAACAGUCUUCUGUGACAUCAGUGCUGAAGGACUAGAAGACCUGAAACAGGACAAUGAAGAAUUCUAUGUCAUUCAUGUAGAAGUUCUACCCAUCACUGCAAGAUGGUUGAAAGUCCCAUCUUGA